UUUUGAUGGUAUAUUUUGUGGAAAUUGACUCGAUCUUUUCCUAAUUCUUUAGCAAUCUAGAUGUUACCGAGCUUUAUUGUAAUCAUCUGCUACAUAAGAUUAGUUCUUUUUUUUUUAGCACAUCACAAGAUUAGUUUCCUGAAAGAGAUUAGAGCAUAAAGAUGCUGAUAUUUCUCUCUGAUUCAAAGAAAUAUUCUGAAAAUUUGAAAGGAAAAUCGGAAAACGAUCUGGAAAUCGAGGUUUGGUUUUAAUUUGUUGGGAAUGUUGUUCUGGUGCUCUCGCGUUCUCCCCUGAAUGCCCUCAAAUGCUAGGGAGGAGGCCAUUCAGGCAAGCAGGAGGGUAAUUCGGUCAUUUCAGAUGCUUAUUAUCACGUCCCCUGGCUAACCAACUCGUCGUCUCGUCCUAAGUACACAUAUAAAGGGCAUUGACGUGAUUUGAAGUGAAGCGUCCCGCGGGGGAAGUAUAGAGUCGAUGACGGAGAGAUACGUCUCCAUGAACGUGGGCAGCAGCACCGGCACCGAUCAGACGGCCAGCAGUGGCGGAUCCGUAUCGUGGCUGGACUCAUCUGCCGCCCGGCUGCCGCGCUUCUCCUCCCCGACCUCCAACGCAUUCCUCACCCCGGCCUUCAACGCCUGCGCCGCGAACCCCAAGUCCACCGGCUCCCCCGACGUCGACCCCUCCCUCCUCCGGUACACCCGCUCCCGCCUCCCCCUCUCCGUCUCCUCCUCCUCCGCCUCCAACUCCCCCGGCCCCCACUCCACGGCCCGGAAGCGCCUCCACCGCCUCCUCUACCUCCGCUCCUCCCUCAGCUCCCUUUCGUCAUCAUCGCCGCUUUCUCCCAUCGAGAACCUUCCUUCGGCGCUCGCGAGGUCGCCGAAGAUGUACAAGACGCCGGUGAAGGUGGAGGUGGAGGAGGACGUGCUGGUCAUGGACGGGGUCCUCGUCACCGAUUCCGAAUCGGCCCGGCCGAGGUCGUCGGUCUCCGAGUUCGGAUCGACCGGGUCGUCAUCGUCCUCGUCUUCAGCCAAUGAUGGCGGCGGCAAUAGUCUCUACAAGACGGAGAUCUGCCGGUCGUGGGACGAAUUGGGGUUCUGCCGUUACGGUUCCAAGUGCCAGUAUGCUCACGGGAAGGAGGAACUGCGCGGCACUCGCAGUACGAGGCCAAAAUCAGAGGUGGGCGGGCAGAGCGGCAAAUCGGUGCCAAUUGCUGGGUCGUACGCGUACCGGAACCGAUUCCGCUAUCACCCCUCGGCGUUUUCGUCGUCGGCGUCGGCGACCACCAGAGCUAUCGCCGCUCCCGCGGCCAAGGCCACCAUAAUGAGGGCGGAGGUGGGCUCCACGGCCGUGGCGGCUCCUACAGUCUCUCCAAGGCGAUCAUUAUCAGAGCCGUCGUUUAUCUGGCCGCCGACCCAAGAGGAGGAGGCGUACAUAAACCAGGUGCUCUACGGCCCCAGCCAGCGCCGGAGGCUGCCCGUCUUCUGUGAGAUCUGCCCACAGUGAGUGAUGUUUUGCCGCGCCCCUCCAUAUAUUGCUGCCGUGAUGUCUCUCGAGUCUCUUCUCCUCACAUGCACCUGGGAUGUGGUGGUAAACUACACACCAUCAAAAACCGCGAACCUUUUACUACUGUUGAUAACCACAGUAGGUUACUCUCUCUUUAUCUCGUUUUAUUUCUCCAUGCUCGAUAAAAGAAUACGACAGAUUACUAGGUCUUCUGACUGUUUCCAUGAAAUUGUGCUAUCUCUGUAAAGUGAGCUGAGUUCUAUCAUUGCACGUAGCGGAAGAUCACGCACUCUAUCAGUAUCUGUUCCUUCACUUGUGCAAUGCAUGUCCGGUAUUUUCUGUUUCAA